AUGCGAAAAUUCACAUCUUUCAAAUUAUCUACAGUAGCUGGGUAUUUUCUUCAGGAUGACCCAUCCACUGACCCGGAUACAUUCGACUAUGCAAAAUCGAACUUUGGUCUCAUUUGCCGCGCGUAUGGUUCAGAGACCGAGGAAUCCAAGGGAGAUAGCCAAUGGCAAAAAUUUAGCAGAGAGAUUCAGCGCCUGAAUAGCCAAGCAGAGCCAAAUACCCAAUAUAAAGUGCUCUUCUUGGGCCGACACGGCGAGGGCGUCCACAAUGUUGCCGAGAAGCGAUAUGGCACGAAAGCAUGGGACGAGUACUGGUCUCUGCUCGACGGCGACGAAUAUGGUUCUUGGGCUGAUGCCCGCUUGACAAACGUAGGCAUCUCCCAAGCUAAAACCGCUCGCACGACCUGGGAAGAACAACUCAAACAUAACAUCCCGACCCCAGAAUCAUAUUACGUGAGCCCGUUGAUUCGAUGCUGCGCAACUGCCCAGGUUACAUUUGACGGAUUGGAUAUGCCGCUCACCAAGCCUUUUCGACCGAUCAUCAAAGAACUCCUUCGCGAGACUAUGGGCGAGCACACUUGUGACCGUCGCUCUCCGGCUUCUACGAUUGCAACCGAGUUUCCGCAGUAUCAAUUCGAAGCGGAUUUCACAGAAGAAGAUCUGCUCUGGGAUGCGAAGACGCGUGAGUCCAAUGAAGAGCGCAACAAGCGUCUCUUGCAAUUGUUGAAUGAUAUCUUUGCUAGCGAUGAUAAUGUGUUUCUCUCGCUGACGGCACACUCCGGUGCCAUUACGAGUAUUCUGGAAGUUGUUGGCCACCGGAGGUUUCCUUUGCAGACCGGGGGUGUAAUUCCGGUCAUUGUGAAGGUGGAGGGAAACCGUUCUUAA